UAAUAAAAUAAUUCAUUAUAAUUCUAUCAUUCCAGAUUACGUGAAAGAGAAGAAGGUAAAUUUCAUUUGAACCCAUACAGCAUAGAAGGCUGCAGAAAUAUUGUUGCAACAUUUUGCUGCAACGUUGCAACAAUAUUGUUGCAAGUUUUGUGUUGUAUGGGAAAUUAUCUAUUAAAUCGCCUAUGCUUGGCUUUAUGCUUAAACGCGAUUGAUUCGACAACCUGUUUUAGCAUUUUUUUUUAGAUAUGAUUAUAUGUGCUUAAUAGGAAUUGAAUCCAAGACUUCUUUAUAUCUGAUAUUCUUACGUUUCUUUUUCUUUUUUUUUAUUCAUCUCGUAACCCAACAAUUCUAAGCUAUUAUGCACGAGAAAAUCAGACAUUUCUUUGAACGUCAUAAUAAAUUAAUUUCUAUAAUAGCACGAAUUCAAUAAAUCGCUAAAGAAUAUAUUAGUAUCGAAGAGACUUCUCUGAAACAUCUCUAGUACGUUUACUGCCGCUUACUCAGACGUACGCAUAUUAUAUACCGCAUGCAUGUGUAUGUACAUACGUGCAUACAUACAUACCACACUGUACCGUCUGCACUGCACCAUGUGUGUGCCGAUUACAGCUGUGAGCUGUGAGUGCUGUGACAGCCGAUGUCGCUCGUCGCUCAUAUGUAACGAACAUGGCGGAAUCUACGAAUAAUUCGGAGGAUGACCGACUGUCAUGUAAGAUCUUGAUUAUCGGUGCGGGUAUGGCUGGAUUGUCGGCUGCGACUCAUUUUUUGAAGAACAACGAGACAGAUUUUCUUAUCGUCGAGGCGCGUGGACGUAUAGGUGGUCGAAUUAUCGCAACGCAAGUCGGCAAUGAGAAAGUUGAAUUAGGAGCAAAUUGGAUCCAUGGAGUGUUAGGUAAUCCCAUGUUUGAGUUAGCAAUGGCGAAUGGUUUAAUAGACAUUGUACAUGUGCCGAAACCUCAUAAAGUAGUGGCAGCGUUGGAAGAUGGGAAACAGUUGCCGUUUCCUGUACUGCGAGAGAUUUAUGAGGCUUACGUAUGUUUUUUGAGACGAUGCGAAGAAUACUUCCUGAGCACGUACAGUCCACCAGAUGGUAUAACCAGCGUAGGGGCACACAUAGCUCUGGAAGCGGAGAUAUAUCUGUCAUCUUUGCCACCUGAACAACGAAGAAUAAGACAACUGAUCUUCGAUUGUUUACUCAAGAGAGAAACCUGCGUCACAGGCUGCGACAGUAUGGAUGAUGUUGAUCUCCUGGAAAUGGGCUCCUAUGACGAGCUUCAAGGUGGUAAUAUCAGUCUUCCAAACGGAUAUAGCGCUAUAUUGGAACCAGUUUCAAAACAUAUACCAAAGGACCGUAUUCUUACGAAACAUGCAGUAACAAAGAUUAGGUGGCAGAAAUCAAAGUGUUGCCAAGACGAUCUUACAGAAAAAUCCGAUUCUAAAUCGAAUAGCCUUAUAGAAGUACAAUGUGAAAAUGGAAAAACGAUCACCGCGCAACACGUACUAUGUACGUUACCGUUGGGAGUUUUGAAAAGGACAGCUCAGGACUUAUUUGAACCGUCGUUACCCGCAUACAAACUCGAAGCAAUAAGCAGAUUAAUGUUCGGUACGGUGAAUAAGAUAUUUCUUGAAUACGAACGGCCUUUUCUAAAUCCCGGUGUAUCGGAAGUGAUGCUUCUCUGGGAUGACGAGCGAUUAUCCGAGACGGAGAAGUGGGACAUCAGCAAGACCUGGUUUAGAAAGAUAUAUUCCUUUAUCAAGAUCUCGGAUACGCUGCUGCUCGGUUGGAUAUCCGGUCGCGCGGCAGAAUAUAUGGAAAAGCUUAGUACCACAGAAGUGGCAGAAGUGUGUACUACGAUCCUGCGACGAUUUCUCAAUGAUCCUUUCGUACCGACCCCCAAAAACUGUUUACGCACUACGUGGCAUUCUCAACCUUAUACGCAAGGUUCUUACACCGCGAUGGCUGUCGGAGCGAGUCAAUUGGACAUUAGGAGUUUGGCUGAGCCAUUGGUUCAGGAGAGAACGGAAAAUGAGAAAACGGAUGACGCGAUCAAAAUUCUCGUGGCGUUUGCUGGCGAACACACCCAUUCCUCGUUCUAUAGCACGGUGCACGGAGCAUAUUUGACUGGUCGAACGGCAGCUGAAUUACUUUUGGGCACCAAGCAGAGUGAGAAGCAUGCAUUGAGUCUUAGUUGUGAGGAUACCAGUGACCUCAGUUCUUGGAUACAAGGCAUUUCUUUAAAUUAAUACAUAUUUUUUCAAGGAAGAAAAUGUGUGAUGAUUAAAGACGUUUAAUAGACAUAUUUAGCAAAUAUAUAAACAUGCGUUUAUGUUUGUGCAAUUAGUUUCUUUUUGUAAAUACUAUAGUGAAACAAUUGUCAGUUUACAUAAUGUACAUAAUGGUGCUUCUUAAGACUUUACAAUUACAUGUGGAUAACAUGUGCAUUUAUAAUAUCGUACUCUAUUAAGGAAUAACGAAUAAAACUUAGAUAAGACACUGAAAUUGCGUAUUAGUGACAUCGUGUACGAAUGUCACGAAUGCUGUGAAUGUUUUGAAUAUAUUUGACGAAAAUAUUUAUGUUUAGAAGUGAGAAUAUUUUGAAAAUGAUGAAUGGUAUGUAUCAUGCAAGUAUUUAUUUUUUAAAGCUGAUCGAAUCGAUAUAAUUUUGUCAUUUAUUAAACUCAUGUAGAUAAUACAUUGAAUUCAAAACAAGCCUAAGUAUUUGCGCAAAAUAUAACAAUUUCUAAUUAAUCUUUUUGUAUAUGUGUGUUACAUAUGUGCAUUCAUGCGUGUGUGUGCGUACGUGUACGUGUUCGUGUGCGUGCGUGCGCGUGUGUGUCUAUGUGUAUACACACACACACACACACACACACACACACACAGACAUAUCUAGUGAAUUAUUAACGAAAUUUAUGAAGAAUUCUUUCCCUGAAAAUGCAUUGUAUAUUCUUUUAUUCUCACUUUUCUCAUAUCUCUGUUCUUAUUCAAGUGCAAAUUAUUCGCUUGCUUAACUUUUUUAUCACCUAUUGCACUUUGUACUUAUUGUUUAGUAAUGAAAAGUUUAUCAUGAAUUAACUUAAUCUAGUCAUUGAAAUUGAGAUACAUAAAAAAGUAUUUGAUAAAUAAUAACAAAUUAUAUCAUGCACGAUGCUGAAACAGUUCUACAAGGUAGAACUUGUAUUCAUUAUAUAGGUAUUUUACGUUUCCAGUUGUAGUUAUGUGCCAUAGAUUGAGUAUUAGUAACUUUUAAAAUGUUAAGUGAAAAAAGAAGAUAUAAAACAUCUAUCUUUUUAAAAUAGCCCAAGUAUAAUAUACAUAUGUGAAUUCAUAAAAUUAAUGAAAAUAAAAGUCUUUGUUUAUUAAU